CCCAGUGAGCUGUCCAAAAUCAACGCUGAAGAACUGCAGUCCUAUUCUCAACUUCAGAAAAAACGUUUGAUAAGUGUAAACAGAAAUCUGGGUUUCUGGGAAAAGAGUAAGGCAGACAUUUCUGGAACUAAAGAAAAUAGAGUUGAUCGAUUUAGGUUUCCAAAAGGCAAAAUGGCAACUAAAAUCGUGGUAAACCAAGGCUACAUAGACAUGAUUGAGUGGCAACUACAGUCUCUCCUUCUAUAUAACGAAGUGAAGACAUCAUCAAUUCAUAAAACAUUUCUCUCAGAUCAAGAAGAUAUCUUGAAAAAGACUAAAAAUGUUGGAUAUAAAAGUUUUGAUAUUCAAGUAAUGUACAUGUUGAUCAGAAACCUUGGUUCGAAGAACCAAAGGUUAAGAAAAGGAAGAUGGGAUGGAAACAGUAUGCCAUCACCAGGAGAGAUAAGGGUGGGUGAUGAUUUAGAGAGAAUAAGGAUGAUCCGAAACUCAUUGGCUGUACACGUGAGCUCAGCCUCAAACCCUCAGACAGAACUCGAUGAGACUUGGUUGAUUUUGUCGGACAUCUGCAGAAAACUAAAAACAUUCACUAUAAAAAUGUAUAUGGAUGAUCUUGAAAAAUUAACUUCAAAGGAGAAAGAAGAUGCUAUUAUGAAAAUAAAUAAAACGAAAAAACCUCACAAAAUGAUGAAGGAGGCAAUGUCAAGUGUUCAAGAAUUUAUUAUGAAAAUGUUAAAGCCUGAAACAAAAUAUGAUUCUGAUUUAAAUUUUCAGACACAAAGUGAAACUGUUUAAUUCUUAAACUGUAUUGAAAUCACA